CAAGAGACAGUUGGAAAUUCCCUUGGCCCGUACUUUUCCACAGAUAAAUAUUUUGUGAUUAUAUUUAACUUCUUAUAUUACAAAUAUUACUUCUUUUGAGCCUCUUUUUACUUCUUACUAGGGUGUGUAAAUAUUUGGGGUUUUCCCUUUGAGCUCUUGCUUUGCUCUUUUUAUUUCCUCCUCAGCCUGAGCAGCACCUCAAAACAGAACAUUCUCUUCCAGAAGACCCAGCAGAACACAAGCUUCCACUUCUGCCACUUUUCAGAUUAUAAAGUUUUUAAUAAAACUGAAGGGCUUUAUCUGAAAAUGUAAAAUUAUUUUGCAGGAUCUGCCAAGUAUAUUGCUUCCUUAAAUGUAAUACAUUUUUUGAAAUUAUGACUACUUUUUUGCUUCUCCGCGUAGCCACUUUCCUAUUAAAUAAUGAGAGGUUUCUACCUGCUAACCUAAAAUAUAAAUUUAGCCAAAGAUUACAGGAAUGUCAAGUUAAUUCCCUCAGAUAUAUAUAAUUUUGGAUGUGAUAGAAAUGGUGGGAGCAAUAACCAGCCUUGACUGCCAAGUGUAUUUUCAACUACGCUCACUUCAAGCAGUAUUUGCCUGAAGUACUUCGUACUUGCUCAUGGCCAGGAACUAGUUAAGGUGCAUGCUGUUCAAAUUAUUGCAUUUCUGGCAAGGGGUUUAAGUUGCUUUGUUGUGUUUUCAUAUGAAGUCUCUCCUGAGUAUUUUACACUUAGGAAGACAAAACAAAGUGGCUGUGUAAGGCAUGACAGGAUUCCCCCGGGACCUGCAGAACUCAACAGCGUGUGAUUCACUUAUUUUAAUCUUUGAUUAAUUUUUGUGAAAUAACAUAUUUUUGUUGCAUUUUGUGUGGCUGGGAAGCAGGUAUCAGGAAGCAGGGAAGCAGGAAGCAUUACCAGGGAAGCAAUUCCGCUGUCAGAUGAAUGCUCGGUCAGACCUUGUCAAUGCAGAUGAAAAUUGGCAAUUAGUAUUCUGUACCUUGCUGCUAAUGAACCGGAUAAUCAGGAAGUUUUUGUCUGUACCAAUAAGCUUCCUGUGAGUGUCAAGGUUAUAGGACUGCUUGAGAAAAUGAGGCAAAUAGUGUUUUUACAAAAGCACUGAUAUAUUAAAUCUAAAUGGGCUGUACAUUUAUUUUUCCCUCUAUGCUUUUCACUUCAGAAGAGUAGACAUGUUAACAUUCUUACAGAUCCUCUUCUAAUUAUGUUUUUUAAUUUCCUUUGGAGUGAGAUAUCACAAACCAGAAAGACCUAAACAUUAAUUAAAUUGAAAAACCCAUCUAUUGCAGAGGAGAUAGUUGUAUAGUCAAGCAACAAUCAAUACUAAGUGAUUUCACAAGGAAUUCAGACAAUUCCAUCACGCAACAGUGUAAAAGAGGAGAAAGAGUCAGAAAGGCAGGAUUAGUAACCAAAUAUGCUUGAUUUUAACACACACUUUAUAUGUAAACGUUUUACUUCUGGUAAAUACUGUAAUUGUCCUAGGGACAAGGCAGGAUGCUAAUUACAGUCAUAUGGAGAGGCUGGGAAGGAGGAGACGCUUCUGAAACUGUUGUUUGAAUUUUGGUCUUCACAAAUAGAGAAACCUGACAACCCACUUGGUUUCACAGGACAAGCAUUGGGCUGAGGGCCAAGAAACAAUUUAUUUCCCUGCUUUUACUUUUCUGUGCUUGCAGUGACAAAUCAUUUUGAGGCAGUGAAAUUUGCAAUGGAAAUGCAAACCACAGUAAUCCUCAAAAAGUAAUAUUUGUAACAGACAAAUACAGAAGCUUCUUAAUUUUUCAUGAUCACUAAUAUCCCUCUUUUUUUUUUGGUUUUUCUAUAUUCAGUCAUUGUAUAUUGACUGUUUGUCACAAGGUUUUGAAAAGCCUCUGACGAUUUGGAGCCCUUUGAUUUGCAGGUUUUCAGUUGAAGGAUGUUCAGACUUCCAGAAAGUGCAAAGCAAAAUUUCCUUGUAGGCAUCUCUGAAGUGUCUCAGUCUGGGUCCUGGCAAGCACUAAAUUCCUCUUGGGAAUCUUGGCCUCUGUGUUAAAGUAUUAGAUAAUAUUAUGGGAACAAUAAGUAACAGUAAGUGCCCCAAAGGGAAUUCAAGUUUCUGCCAAGUAUUGGUUAAGACAGCAUUCAUCUUAAUGCCAAUGCAUUUCUCAAAGGUUGCAGUUUUGUUGCAAACUAAAUCCUGAAAGUUUGUCAGUUUCAAUUAUAUUGUUCACAAGGUAAAAUGAAAUAUUCUGGCUUCCACACUUGUGUUGAUUCAGAUUAUCUCACACCUAUUUUAAUCAGGGGUGGUGAUACUGACCUCAGUGAUGAUGAUGUAUGUGAUGUCACCAUGUUUCCCUGCCAGUGAAAGGAAAACACUCCCUGGAUGGAGGUGGCACAAUUUGAUCUCUAAGCAUCAUGUUGGAUGCAAGAGGGGGAAAGAGCAGAUGUUACUACUGUAACUGACUUAGAUUCUGCCAGGAUCCAGAAAGCCCCUUAUAUCACCAGGUAGUUUGUUGCUGAACUGCAUCUUAAUUUUUGUGUGUGGGCAGGCUGAGAUCUUUGCAUAUGCUGAAUUUCACACAGUGCUUUCCAUUUUCCUGGGUAUCAAGACUUCUUCACCUUUUUUUUUUUUUUUCUUUGAGUAAUAUACGGCAUUUUUGUAGUAACUUCUUCCAAUACAGUGGAAGCCUGGGUGAUUAUGAUUUUUUGCACAGGCAGCUGCUGAGAGGUCUUGCCUUAGCACUCAGAUUUGACUUUAGCACCAACAUUCACCAAAUAUAGUUUUGUGGGACUGAGACUUCUAAAUCUGAGACUCUGAGUUUCUGGAAUACAGGAAUUUCUAAGCUAGCACUUCUAAUGUAAUUACCACUAUCAGAGAAAUACCAUUUUGCUGUCAGAAACUGCAACUUCAGUACCUUGGUUAUAAGCAAGUUGUUUAAAAAAGAUGUGUUCACAGUAGGAAACAAGGAGUUCUCACAGCAGCAUGUCCUGUACGUGUUGCAGCAGCUCCUCAUCCUGGCAGGGUAAGGUUUCCUCUUAGCUUUCAGCUGCUCUCAGAAUUGAGGAUGUUAAGCGCUGGUGUGACAGAGGAAGGAGAAACUCCACACUCCACAGGACUUUUGAAAAACUUUUAGUCCUCAGCUAAACCUAUAGGGAUAACUCACAUGUCUGAAGAACAGCAAAUGCUGAGCUCUUUCAAAACUGUAGCCCUGUAAGUUGCUAAAUGAACUGUAGACUAAAGACAGAGUUAACUCUUUUUACAGCUAACUCUUUUUAAACAAAUAAGAUUAAUUGGAGUGAAUGAAAUAGCCUCUGGCAGCAUCUGACUACUGAAGAAUGGAUAAACAUGAGCUAUGUUAACCUUGACCCCCUCUACUCCUGCAGCAGCAAAGUCAGGCUUCAGUAUCAACUUGAUGAAGUAGAUUAACAUACCAUGUCCUUGUAAAACACUGUAUUUAAAUAAGAUAGGAACCAAUAACCUACAUGAAUUAUGCCAAAUUUUGUUAUGACAUGGCAAUCACAAUCAGCUAGUUGUUCAAGAAAUGAAAUUAAUUUUCCAAAGGCUGGGAAUGCAGAACAUACUCUAUCUGCUCUUCUCUACAUUAUAAGCUAUGGAAAUAACUAGUCUAGCAGACUGCACUAUUUGUGGUCACUCAGUGUGACCCUCUAACAGUCUGGCAUUUCUUUAGGAUCAUAUCCCUCUAUGUGUUAGAAGCCACGCUGAUUCUGAAAAUAGAUGUUACACUUGUAAUUCAAGAUAGGAAGAAAAAAAUGGCCAAACAAUAUCAAUGCAAAUUUGAUAUGUUCUCUAUGCAUAAUAUGAGACAAAUUUCUCCAUUCACAUUUAUCAUGAGAAAAAGUGAGCACAAUUGUUUUGUACCGUAUGCCACUGUAAAUGGGAGAGAUAUUUUCCAAAAACUGGGCAGAAAUUAAAAGUUGGAUGGUGGUCUCCCUUAACCACCUAGUCUUUGAAGUGGAGCUGGCCAGAAAUUUUUGGAGCCUUUCAGAAGAAAGAGGAUAGGGGUUUGUUAAUUUGUUUUGUGUGUGUGUGUGUAUGUUUUGUUGUGGGGGGGUUUAACCAUCUUUUAUUUGAAAAUUGCUGAUAAGAAAAGUUCUGGCAAUUUUAAAAGGUAUAACCUUCUUGCUAUUUUUUUUCCUUUGUACAGAUAAAAUAAUUUUAAAGUGUUUUCAAAAGUUUGAGACAUAAAUUAAGAUUCCUCCAACCAAACCUUUAAGCUAAUGCAAUAUCACACAUUUUUAAGGUAAUAAACAAAUAUUAAAGAUUCCAAUCUGUGGUUUAGUUCAGGAAAAGGAAAAUAUUUUCAGAGGAGAGGAAAGCAUUCUCACUCCCAGAUUUACUUUGAACUCUCUUCUCCCUAUCUUGAUUCAAAUAAAAUGCACUAGUAUAAGCAGAAUUUAAAAAACACUCAGAAGAGGAAAAGCAAUAGCAAAUCUUUAGUACAUAAAGGCACCCAAGUUUCUGUCAGCCCUUUCACCACUGAAUCCAGCAGGUCUCAAAGCACCCAGGUUGUUGUGGCUGAGGUUGGCAAAGCUGCUCCACUGUUAGCAAACAGAUGGGUAGCAUAAAAUUCAACAAUAGAAAAGGAUAUGAGCAAUCAUAUCUCCUCCAGAAGGAAAGCAACUAGCCUUUUGAAGGGUUACAGUACUCUAUCAAUUUAGCCUAAUAAAGGAAAAUUAAGAACUGGUUCUCCCCCUCAGCUGUUUUCAUUGGAAAUGCAUGUUUCUUUCUAGAUGAAAUAACAUUAAUCUUGGAAUAACAACCAGCUACACCAAAAGAGAUAUACAACCAACCACAGUGUUCCGAAAUUAACUGAAAUGGGUUUAGCUCCAGUGACACCCCAGGCAGCCAAUUGGUUUGGUUCAUUUUUCAUUUGGGAAGGUCAUUGUUGCAAGGCGAUUGUCACAGGAUUAUUCCGUGGUGUUAUACUUACUUUGGAAUGACUGUUCUUUAAAAACAACUUUUCUGUAGCAAUCUCUCAUACAAGCUUCUUGUACAGUCUGGGUGUUUAUGUAUAUUGGAUUGCUAACAAAGCAGAAUUAAUUCUGCAUUCCCCUUUUUAUUUUAGUUAAAACAUUUUUCUUUGUGCUGUGUGCUUGCACAGUGCACAUUCUAACUACUGCUUUUUUGACUGGAAGCAAAUUUGUCUUGCUCCAGGUUUUUAAUAGUGGCCUCAAAGCCUAAUUAAUAUACUUACAGUCUGCCUCUUGAUAUCAGAAUCUAAUUAUAUUUUCUUAGGAAAAUGUUGUAAUUAAAUAAUUCAAAUGUAAUUAAGAAAGCAGAUAUUGAAUGUCACAUAAAUAAAAGAGGGUCCUGAAAUUCUCACUUACACUAUAAUGAUUGUUCAGAAACAAACAGAUGUAAUGCUUUCAUUAUGUAAUGAUUGUUUCUUACAGUGAGCAGAGUUACACAAGACAUAAGCUUCGAAACUGCAGCCUUUCAUCCUGACUGUGAGUAAACAGGCAAUGCAUCAUAGAAGAUGUAAAUUUAGCUCAGACAAAUAAGCAAUGGCAGUUAAAAUACACAUCUAACCCUAAAACAUCCUUAAAUUUCUGCAGUUGUGUGUCUUUGGUGGAAAAUGUAUUGUAGAUUAUACAUAUCUUUAUAAUUCAAAACCAAUAGCAUCUACAAAUUACACAGAUUCAGGAGAAUGCAGAAUAGCAUCUUAAUCUCCUCCUACACCUCGAAGCACCAUGCCUCUCUAGCAGAGAGAUGGAUUUUGAUUGCCUGACAACUGUAACUAUGUCCAGUUCAUCACAAAGGGAAGGAGAAGAGCUCUGGGAAGCCUUGAUAAACACUGAGCUGAUUAGCCUAUAUGGCUGUUUCUAGCUGUCCUUAAAAUUACAUAGCAGGUGUUAUCCAAAGACACAAAAGCUUAAAAGCUGAUGGUAAUUUAUCAGCUUCAUGUGCUAGCCUUCCAAGAAAUUACAAUUGUCAGCCUUCUAAUUUUUUAUCCCAUUCAGAAACUUCUAUGCAUUAUACCCUAUUUCUGAAAAGUCUUCAAUAGCAAAUGGGUUUUUUACUCUUAAAUACAAAUCACUGAGCACCUUGUACAGAGACGUUUCUACAUGCAUAUAGUUGUAGCUUAACCUGUGCACCAAAUUCUGUGUUCUACUGGGCAAUGGAAGUGUUCUGCAAGUGCUUGACUGUGUAGCUCAAAUGAAGUGGCAUCCACCUCAUCCAGCACAAACAGAUUGGCUCUGUAGCAUGAACAGAGAUGCUGCAAGCACAGCAGAGGUCUUUUCUGACUUGGCAAAGGAAUUGCAGGUCAAUAGGAUGGACAGGUAUGUGACAGAACUGCAUUAUGGGAAGACACAGGAGCUGGUUUUCCCUGGGAACGCAGUUCUGUUUCAUAUGGAUUUCAAGAAGGUGUUUAUGUCCAGGCAUAAAUAGUCUGGUUGCAUUGUGCUGUACUCUAAAUUAGCUAGGCUGGAUAACAGAUACAGGGCAUUUAGCUCAUCUGGAAUUUGGUGUUAACAUAGCUGCACUGCUUAUAAUAUUAAAGAAGCAUUUAAACUUGGUAGUUAAAAUGAACUAGUUAGUUCAGGACCUCUUCCUUGUGUCAUUGCAAGCAAUGCUUUUCUUAAGACCUUGGUGGGCCACAACUAAGUGCUAACCUGAACAAGAAUGGACUUUGACAUCUUAGUGCCUCAUUUCUUCAGCUCCAAACAAUCCAUACAGUGAAUUAGGCAACCCCUCAGUACAUCAGCCUAAUACUAUGUCAAGCAUGCUCUUAAGUUUCGAAGUAGUAUGAGCUGAAAACUUUCUAUAUCCUUGCAAGAGUACUAGAUAAAAAACGUGGGAUCUUAAGUAUAAAUCAUUACACAGCCAUCACCUGAGGCCUUCUAUGACAGAACUCCUAACUUCACGUUAUCUAUAAACUUGAAGAGAUAAAAGGAUCUUCGGGUUCAUACUGUGACAGAGAAUAUAUAUUAAAAGAUUAUUAUUUUUUAUGUAAAAUGUAACUACUUUUCUUAGGGAUUAAAAAUAGAUUAAUGUUUGUGGAAAGGAUGGAGAGAGAGAGAGACAGACAGACAGAUAGACAGACAGACUAGAAUGGCUCUUACUUGUAUUCUAUGGCCCAACAGACAGCACCAGGUCUGACUGUAAUAAAGCCCCAAUUACCUAACUCUAGGGGAGAAUAGCUGGCAUUUCCCUCUGCCCGAUGAUUUAAUUGGGCCUGUCAGCCAGGGAUAAUUGGUUUCUGGUUGACUGAAAAAAGUGACAGUGACAUCAGCCCUCUGCUAUCCUCCAUUACUGGAAUUCUUGUUGUCUCAUAACAGGCCCUCAGCACACAGGGUGCUCCGGCAGCUUUACAGGUCUCUCGUUGCACAGUGCAAUGGAAAUGCAGCAAUUUUCACUAUAUCUCAGGGUUGAAGAUUUUGAGCUGUAGAACAAGUAUUUCAAGAUGAAACUGUCUCCUCCAACACCAAACCCUCUUGCACAAAGCUACUUCUUAAUUUCCAACAAUUCAAGACUAUUUAUUUGAUAAAUAUGUUGUUUUCUUGGACAAAUCUACGCAGCUGCAUCUGCAAAUUCUGUACAGUCUCACAGAGAGUAUGAAAUUACUGUUGCAUGUUUUCUUAAGGUGCGGAGCAGAACCAAGUCUUCACGGGAAUUCUUUGGUGAUCACCUAUGAAGCUCCUGAUCUUGAAGCUGCACUUUUGCAAUGAAGAAAAGGAGACGGCUCGCUGCAAGUCUAAACGAAAAAGUUCAUCUUGGCCAUGAGAAAGAUACUUCAGAGCAGAUUCUUGUAGUGGACUGUGCGCAAGAAAUUGUCUCAAAGUCUGCAGAAAUAGCUCCUGCAGAUCAGAUUGAAUCUUCCCAAGAACUUUCACCAUCACCAGAGCAAAGGAAGCUCCUGAGUUCAUUGCAAUAUAACAAAAAUCUACUGAAAUACUUAAAUGAUGAUAGACAGAAACAUCCAUCAUUUUGUGAUUUACUCAUAAUUGUAGAAGGAAAAGAAUUUAGCGCUCACAAAGUUGUUGUGGCUGUUGGGAGUAGUUAUUUUCAUGCUUGUUUGAGCAAAAAUCCAAGCACUGAUGUUGUCACAUUAGAUCAUGUAACUCAUUCUGUGUUUCAGCAUUUGCUUGAGUUUCUCUACACCUCUGAGUUUUUUGUGUAUAAAAAUGAAAUUCCAUUAGUGCUGGAAGCAGCAAAAUUUUUAGAUAUCAUAGACGCAGUGAAGUUACUAAAUAACGAAAGUGUUUCCAAUGUACAGACUGACGUGGUAACUGAUGCACCUACACCAGUAGAAACACUGAGUGAACUGACAGGUAAACUGUUAAAUAGCCAUCAGUGCACUUUUUGUGGUCGAAGUUUCUGUUAUAAGAAGUCCUUAGAAAAUCAUUUGGCUAAAGCCCACCGAUCCCUUUCACUGGAAAGAAAACAUGGGUUAAAAAUGGUUGAGAAGGCCAGCUUUUCCAAUAGACGCUCUACGAGAAGCCGUAAAUGUCCAGCUAAAUUUGAUAUCAGUGACAAUGAAAGUGCUGAUGCCUCUGACAGCAAUUUGGAAAAAGUCAGUUCUGACAAGGAGAUAUCUGAGAGAAGUGAAUUUGAAGACAGUGAAAGUGAGUGCAAUGUGGAUGAAGAGGGACAGGAAGAGGAAAUGUCAGCUGAAGAUUCGGAAUUUGAAGAACAAAGUGAAAAGGAACAGAAUGAUACUGAAGAGGGUUCUGAGGCAGUUGAUUCAGUGGGGAAUAUUCCUGAAGGCUUAGCUCCAGUCAUCAUUCAAAGCAGUAGCAAAAAACUACUGCAGUGUCCCAAGUGUGACAAAAAAUUUGAUCGAAUAGGCAAAUAUGAGAGCCAUACCCGUGUGCACACAGGGGAGAAGCCUUUUGAAUGUGAUAUAUGUCACCAGCGCUACUCAACCAAGUCCAACCUGACUGUGCACAGGAAGAAACACUCCAGUGAUACCGACUUUCAUAAGAAGGAACACAAAUGUCCCUACUGCAAUAAGCUGCAUGCAAGCAAAAAGACUUUAGCAAAACACGUGAGGAGGUUUCAUCCAGAGAAUGUACAAGAAUUUCUUUCUAUCAAGAAGACAAAGAGUGAAGGUUGGAAGUGUGAUAUUUGUAAGAAAUCUUUCACUCGAAGACCUCAUUUAGAAGAGCAUAUGAUCCUUCACUCUCAGGAUAAACCCUUCAAGUGUACCUAUUGUGAAGAGCAUUUUAAAUCCCGGUUUGCAAGACUGAAACAUCAAGAAAAAUUCCAUCUCGGGCCUUUUCCCUGUGACAUUUGUGGCCGACAGUUUAAUGAUACAGGAAAUCUGAAACGCCAUAUAGAAUGUACUCAUGGGGGAAAGAGGAAAUGGACAUGUUUCAUCUGUGGAAAAUCUGUCAGGGAACGAACGACUUUGAAAGAACAUCUGAGAAUUCACAGUGGAGAGAAACCUCAUCUUUGCAGUAUUUGUGGGCAGAGUUUUCGUCAUGGAAGCUCUUACAGACUUCAUUUAAGAGUCCACCAUGACGACAAGAGAUAUGAAUGCGAAGAAUGUGGGAAAACAUUUAUUCGGCAUGACCAUCUGACAAAACACAAAAAAAUUCAUUCAGGUGAAAAAGCACAUCAGUGUGAGGAAUGUGGAAAAUGUUUUGGCCGUAGAGAUCACCUUACCGUUCAUUAUAAAAGUGUUCAUCUAGGAGAAAAAGUUUGGCAGAAAUAUAAAGCAACAUUUCACCAGUGUGAAGUAUGUAAGAAAGUUUUUAAAGGGAAAUCAAGUUUGGAAAUGCAUUUUAGGACACAUUCAGGUGAGAAACCCUACAAAUGUCAAAUCUGUAAUCAGUCUUUUAGAAUUAAGAAGACAUUAACGAAACACAUGGUUAUUCAUUCAGAUGCUCGACCUUUUAAUUGCCAACACUGCAAUGCAACAUUUAAACGAAAAGACAAGCUGAAAUAUCAUAUUGAUCAUGUUCAUGGAUCAAAGGCUGCAGAAGAGGCACUGGCAUCUUCUCCAGAGGAAAAGCUGGUCUCUUUACCAGUGCAGUACACCUCUGAUGACAAAGUGUACCACACUGAGGCUAAACAAUUUGUGGAGCAGUCCAAAGCAUAUCAAUCUGAAGCCAAAACUUUGCUACAGAAUGUAUCCACGGAAGUGUGUGUGCCUGUGACUCUGGUACCAGUUCCGAUGUCUGACCCACAAGCUGACCUGGUGCAGCAUCCUGCUCAGUCACACAGCAUCCUGCCUCCACAGCCUGAGCAGGCAGAGUAUCAACGAGCCACAGAUCUGGCAUUUCUAGAGAAAUACACUCUUACUCCACAACCUGCAAAUAUUGUUCAUCCUGUAAGGCCUGAGCAAAUGUUGGAUCCCAGAGACCAGUCAUAUCUUGGAACUUUACUGGGGCUAGAUACAACUCCUACUGUACAGAAUAUUUCAAACAGUGAACAUUCGUGAUCAGACCAUAACAUUCCACCUAAUUUACUAGGUCAUUGGCCACCAGAAGGCUGAUAUGGCAACGAAGAUUUAUAUUUUAUAUUUUAUUUGGACUCAUAAGUCUUCUGCAUAGUUUUGGAGAAACAAUUUGUUUACAUAAUAUUUGAACAUUUAGGCACAUUUUAACGCAUACUGAAAGAGUGUUUCUUGUGAUUUUAAGAGUUUUUAAGAAUCUUAUAGAUGGUCUUUUAAAAAUAAUGCUCUUAAAUAUCUUUUAAGGAUAGUGGCUGAAAAAUGUCAUUACAUAUCUGGCUAUUAAUUUAAAAAAAUUGCCUUUCUGCAUCUCACUUUAAGUUAAUGUUUUAAGUGUAAUAGAAAGCAUUCUGAAAGAAUAAGGACUAUAUCCAAUUCAUUAAAAUUUGUAAGGGCAGACAGGGCUAUAAAACAGAAACUUUGAAUUAUGUUUCACACAGAAAUUAAUAUAUAGUUUUACUUGAAACCUCAGGCAUUUUUGGAGGGUUUUAAAGUCACGUGGACUCUGAAGCCUAGCCAGUGAACACUGGCACUAGGUUCUUCUGAAAAGGGAUUCUGAGAUAUUUUAUGAAGACACUAAACAGGGUGUUUGAUGACUCCCUGAGUACAGUUAGGCUGCCUAAAUUUGGCCUCUUAGUUCUUCCUUGAUCUCUACUAUUGAAUAAUGUGGGAAGAUCUAGACAAUGAUAUUGUCUAAUUUUCUACCCUUAGUUCUAUAUAAUUUUAUAUGCAUUUUUUCUUGCUUUUUCAAUCUUGUUUGUCUUCUAAAGUGUACCCCACACUCUGACUUUGAAAGAAAAGGAAGUAUUUGCAAGGUCAUUUUACUCUCUGAACAAUCAUGAAGGGUUGACGUGGUUCAUCCUUGUUAGAGCAUAAGUCAUACCAGAGUCCCACAUUAACAUGCCCAUUUUCAGGUUAUCUGAUAGAGGAGAAAUUUAAAGACUGUUCCAAAACAGUACUCAAUUUCUUUUUAAGAAAAAGCAAUUAAUCAGUAAUUAUAAAUAUCUUGUGAGUUGCUAAUUAAAUUGUUUUGUUUCUCACUUUCUUGUACUGUGUUUAUAAAACCAAAGUCAAACUCCUGAGAGUAUUUUAUAUCUAAUUAUUUUUAGCUUUUUAUUUACUAAACAUAAAGGGUUUUUUCCAAAAGAACCGUUUUGAACUACAAGUUUGGUGUUACCAUGAAAUCUAGUAUAAUUUAACCUCAUCAAGCUUUCUAUUUUAAGCCUUCUUUAAAAAUAAUUGUUCUGCGUUUUUUUGGUGAAUAUGAUGCCAAAGAAAGUAUCUGAAGUAACUUCAUAAUUACUCGCAAGAAUUACAUCAGAUUCUCAUUAAGAUGAGAAUUAAGAUUCAAAUUUUCCCCCAGCUUUCCCUAGUCAUAAAUUAUUAUCUCAAAUAACCUUUAAAAUGGGAAACUGGACUUUUAUGUAUGAUUGUAAGUGUUAAAUUUAUUCAGUGACCUGAACAUAAGUGAGCUGUGGUGAAGAGCUCUCUUGUCAUCACAGUUCUACAAACUCUCAAGUGGUGUGGAUCAUUUUAAAUCAUAUUCAGAUACUUUGGUGUUAAAUUCUGUUAAUCCUCAUCUACUUCAGUAUGGAGCAGUUUGCAGGAGAGGGGCCAGAACUGCCUGAAUGUUCAUAUUUUGAAGCUUGUAUCCUAAUGGAUUCUUAACCUAAACACACCAAAGAUUUCUGUGAGCUGUUAAAUAGUGGCAGAGUUAUAGAAUUGUAAGUGUUAUCAAUAUUUAAAUAGGACUUAGCCAAAGAAGCACAAUAGAAGUCCUAAACUUUAAAAGUUUAGUUUCUAAAACAGGACUAUAUAUGUUUAACUGUUCUGUCUUUGUAUCUCUAAAGCAAAAUUUAGAGCUGUGCUCUGGGAAUGUUCAGACUGACAUGCUGUAAAUAUAUCUGGUAAGAAGCUGACGACUAGCAAAUACACAGCAAUAACAAGGCCAUUGAAUGCCACCUUCUGAAAGGACGCUAUCAAGUACUACCCUUCCUGCUUUCUAACUCCACCUUCAUCUUCUUUCAAAAUAAAACUGUUUCUGUCGUCUUUACACUCCAUGGCUUGAAAAUGGCUGUUUUCUGUGAAGUUUUCAAGUCGACAUGUGUGUAUCGUGUUCAUAUUCUCGCAUGUGCACAUGGAACAUGGUUUCUAAUGCAUUUGUAAUUGUACUGUUAAAAAUAACCCAACAUCAAUGCUGUCAGUGCAGUGCUCAGACUAAAAAAUCUAACUCUUUGUAAUUUCUUGUCUUUUCUGUCCUACAGUAGAAAAAAGUAUUGUAGGAUUUUGACAAAACAGUGGCUUAAGAAUAGUCGGUAACUGAUUGUUUCUUUUAAAGUCCAGUCUGUUUGGAAGGCACUCCAGGAAAAUCUGAAAAUGGAAAUUGGGUCGUGUUUACUUGAUAAUGUCCUUUUAAAAAUUCUUUCAUAUUUGUGCCUUUUAUAUAUAUUCUGAAUAAUGGCUUUUUCUCUAGUUCAGUUGUUUAUUCAGAAAACAUUAAGGUCAAUAACUUCCAAAGGGCUUGUCAUGUUCUUGGGUGCCCAACAAGAACCAGACUAUAAAAGGACUCGUUUUUCAGAAAAACGAGCACUCUCUUUGUUUGGGUGACCAGAAUUACUAGUCAUUCCUGGAAAAAAUGACCUACUAGUUCUUGGUGUUCUUUUGUUUGCAGAUAACCCUAGGAGUUAGUGUUUUUACCUGCUGGUCAGGCUGGAUCAUUGCCAGUUGACUGAAAGAAAAUAGGAAAGCUUAUUUGUUAGAUACAUAGUUUUUAUUUUUAUUUAAUAUCAUGAGCUAUAAUUCUUAUGGCUUUACAUCUAUUUAAAAUUCAUAUAUAAGCAAAGUAAAUUUUCAUGGGCUGGUACUUCAUUUGGUAGGUGGAAGUAUCUUGUUUCAGCUUGAUGGAGGAUAGUUCUUCAGAGGACUGAGUUGAAGGGCAGAGAUCUGUACCUUGCAGCUGCAUGGGUCAAAACUCCUUAAUGUCUGACACCUCCAUUUUAAUAUGUAUAUGUACUCAUGGGAGAAUGCAUGUCCUGUUGAUCUGGAGGAUGCAUUUACAACAAAGGCUUUGUUUUAUCUGGCAGUCAUUGGCUCAGUUGAGCAUUUAUUGCCAAAGAAGGAAGAAGGAGGUGUCUCUUAAAAAUAUUUCUAAAGGAUGAUUAGUGGCACAUUGCAAAAUGUUGGUCUUUACCACAUGCUGAUCUUUGGAAAGAAGAGUGAGUCCAUGUUGGUACUCCAAACUGUGUGUGGUUCUGAGAACUUGUUGCACUCAUUCUGCUUAAACAUUGAAUUCUGUAUUUUUUGCUAUACAAAUUUCUGGGUUACUGCCUUUAAUUCUUUUAGUGGAUUUUAUGUUCAGUUUAUUUAUUUGAGCACUGACACUUUUCUUACAAAGGUAUGUCUCUCAUGGGUUCUUUUCAUGCUGAACAUCAGUCAUUGUAAUGGUGAUGAUAUAUCUUCUGUAAGGCUGUGGUUUCCUUAAAACUAUAGUGCUACUUUAGUCUGGACUGUAAUUUGGGUAGUUGUUUUUAAAGAUGGGUUGUGCCAGACCAUAAUGACAAAAGAUUUAUUUGAUAUCAUCAAAGAGCUAAGCUCCUUUCCCUAGUAAUGAAUGUCAAAGAGUAUCCAGAACUGAAGAAUGCUUCCAAGGAGUCGCCUCACAAUGUGCUUGAUUGAACAUGAAAUGUGUUAUGGACUGCUAAGGAAUAAAUGAAAUAAGUAACCCUCAAGUUUUUAAAUUUAAAAUAAUUCCUGUAUAGGAGUUCAUGAAUGUAGAAUUAUGAAUGAAUUCUGAGAAGGCUGUUGUAGAUGAAUAUGGGGUUUUUUCCUGAGAAUAUAAAAGAUGUGAAAUAUUGAAAAUAACAUGCCUACCUGAUACAGAGUGUAUUCCCCCUAUGCCUGAAGCUAAAGGGAAAUAGAGUGCAUUUAUCUGUAGGUCCUUGUGACUGCUGUCACGUGGGAUCUUUCUCUACAAUACGGUCUCAGUGAUUUGGUCGUUUCAUCAUGUGCAUUAAAGAAUGUCACUGGCAGAAUGUAAUACGGGGCAGUCAUUUUGCUUAAGCCCAUAUACGGUCUUUUUCAUGGUUUGUAAGAAAUGUUUUGGUUUAAAAUUAUUUGAUGGAUUAAAUUAAAAAUGGCAAAAUUUUUUUGAACCCCCCAAAACCAUUUUGAUCAUGUUUAAAUGUUGGUCCUUUUAUAUGAAAGAAUAAGGUGAAAAGAACUCAAUAUUUUGUCACUGGUAUAUGAGAUAAUGUGUUUUAAAUGUGAUCUGUACAGGUUGGUAUUUUAGAUGGGAGUCUUUAAAGUUGUCUUUUUAGGGGAAAUCCUUUACUGUAAGGAAAAGCUAGGAAGUGUACUGUAAAUGUAGAAGUACUCAGUCCUAUGUGUAAUUUUGUUUGCUAUGGAAAAGUAAAGUUCUUUUGUCUUAACAUUGUGUGCUUCACAGGAUUUACUGCAGGGCUGCUUGCGAUAAGUUUUGAUUUUUGCCCACCCUUUUUCUCUUUUUAAACAGCAUGGAAACACAGUACUCUGUAUGCCUCUCAAUUUUAAAGCUCAUGAAAGAGAAACAGAUGAGGCGAUGUUUUGAUCAAAUUUGUGCGUCUCAUUCUGCUUUUGAUUUUAAAAUAUUUUGUAAAUUAAAUUUAUUUAGGAAAAAAAAAGCCGACAA